CUGGGAGGGAUGCGUGUUCAUGACUGUGUGUGUGAAUGUAUGCCUAUCUGUUGACUAUGCCACUGUGGUUCAAUAUUUUAUGUACAUUUUGGAAGUAUGUAAUGUCCCUCCCAGGGCUGUUGUGUGAGUAUGUGUCUGUCAUGAGUGAACAUCUCAGAAUGUGUGUGCAAGGUGGAUCUUUUUGUGCCUGUGGGCUUGAUUAUCAGUUUUUGUGUUGCCUGUGUGUGCUUGUAGUUCUGUGUAUGUGUGAGGUGUGUAUCUGCUGGUGUGUGCAUUUGUGCAUCUGGCGGUGUGGGGAUGGAGCAGUUUUGUGACCAUGCACCUUGGGGAUAUGUGAAGUUGUGUUAGUGUUUAGGAGUGUGUCUGGGCAUUUAAGAGCCUGCACCUGUGUGUCACCUGUAUGUGCAAGUGAGUAUAUGUUGUAUGUAUGGGCCCCUGUGUGUUGGCAAAUGUGCACAUGUGUGUCUGUUAUAGAAGCAUGAAUCUGGUUGUCUGCAAGGGGGCACACAGGUUUCUCUGCUGUGUGUGUCUGUGGGUAUGUAUGAAUGUGCAAAGGAAAGUCAGUGCUGUACAUGCGUGCUUGUGUGCGGGUGUGUCCACCUUGAGGGUGUGUCUGUGCUGUGAGUCCAUUUAUGUGUCAGUGUUGGUCUUUGGGGAUUGGGGUUGUAUCUGCUCAUACGUGCAGGGCAAUCUGUAUGCACGUGCUUGUCUCCCUGGCACGGGGCUGACCUUACUUCUUGGCCCAGUGAGACUCGAGCCUGUGUGGCCUGACCUGUGGUACCGGCCCAGGCCCUGACUCCCUGCAGAGAGAUGAAGAAACCGAGAUUCAGAGAGGUUCAGACACUUGCCCGAGGUCACACAGCUAGUCUCACGCCCCACUGCUCCCGCCUUCCCCCUGCACCAUGGCUCCGGGCCCCUUCACCUCGGCGCUCCUCUCGCCGCCGCCUGCUGCCCUGCCCUUUCUGCUGCUGCUCUGGGCUGGGGCAUCCCGUGGUCAGCCCUGCCCCGGCCGCUGCAUCUGCCAGAACGUGGCGCCCACGCUGACCAUGCUGUGCGCCAAGACUGGCCUGCUCUUCGUGCCGCCGGCCAUCGACCGGCGCGUGGUGGAGCUGCGGCUCACGGACAACUUCAUUGCGGCUGUCCGCCGCAGGGACUUCGCCAACAUGACCAGCCUGGUGCACCUCACCCUGUCCCGCAACACCAUCGGCCAAGUGGCCGCUGGCGCCUUCGCCGACCUCCGCGCCCUCCGCGCCCUGCACCUGGACAGCAACCGCCUGGCGGAGGUGCGCGGGGACCAGCUCCGCGGCCUGGGCAACCUCCGCCACCUGAUCCUUGGCAACAACCAGAUCCGCCGGGUGGAGUCUGCUGCCUUUGAUGCCUUCCUCUCCACCGUGGAGGACCUGGAUCUGUCCUACAACAACCUCGAGGCCCUGCCGUGGGAGGCUGUGGGCCAGAUGGUGAACCUGAACACCCUCACGCUGGACCACAAUCUCAUCGACCACAUCGCUGAAGGGACCUUCGUGCAGCUGCACAAACUGGUUCGCCUGGACAUGACCUCCAACCGCCUCCAUAAACUGCCCCCCGAUGGCCUCUUCCUGCGGUCCCAGGGUGCGGGGCCGAAGCCGCCCACGCCGCUCACGGUCAGCUUUGGCGGCAACCCGCUGCACUGCAAUUGCGAGCUGCUCUGGCUGCGGCGGCUAACCCGGGAAGACGACCUGGAGACAUGCGCCACUCCCGAGCACCUCACCGACCGCUACUUCUGGUCCAUCCCAGAAGAGGAGUUCCUGUGCGAACCGCCGCUCAUCACGCGGCAGGCGGGGGGACGGGCCCUGGUGGUGGAGGGCCAGGCGGUCAGCCUGCGGUGCCGCGCCGUGGGGGACCCCGAACCCGUGGUGCACUGGGUCGCGCCCGACGGGCGGCUGCUGGGGAACUCAAGCCGGACCCGGGUGCGGGGGGACGGGACGCUGGAUGUAACCAUCACCACCUUACGGGACAGUGGCACCUUCACCUGCAUUGCCUCCAAUGCCGCCGGGGAAGCCACGGCACCUGUGGAGGUGUGCGUGGUGCCCCUGCCUCUGAUGGCGCCCCCGCCGGCAGCCCCGCCACCUCUCACCGAGCCUGGCUCUUCUGACAUAGCGACACCCGGCCGCCCUGGUGCCAACGAGUCCGCUGCUGAGCGCCGGCUCGUGGCGGCGGAGCUGACCUCGAACUCGGUGCUCAUCCGCUGGCCCGCCCAGAGGCCUGUACCCGGAAUCCGCAUGUACCAGGUCCAGUACAACAGCUCCGUGGAUGACUCCCUGGUCUACAGGAUGAUCCCAUCCACCAGCCAGACCUUCCUGGUGAAUGAUCUGGCAGCGGGUCGCGCCUAUGAUCUGUGCGUGCUGGCUGUCUAUGACGAUGGGGCCACAGCACUGCCGGCCACUCGAGUGGUGGGCUGCGUGCAGUUUACUACCGCUGGGGAUCCUGCACCUUGCCGCCCACUGAGGGCCCAUUUCUUGGGCGGUACCAUGAUCAUCGCCAUCGGGGGCGUCAUCGUCGCAUCGGUCCUCGUCUUCAUCGUUCUGCUCAUGAUCCGCUAUAAGGUCUAUGGCGACGGGGAUGGCCGCCGUGUCAAGGGUACCUCCAGGUCGCCGCCGCGGGUCAGCCACGUUUGCUCACAGACCAACGGUGCAGGUGCAUCGCAGGCCGCGCCCCCGCCGGCGCAAGACCGUUACGAGGCGCUGCGGGAGGUGGCGUCCCCAGCUGCUGCCGCAGUGGCGGUCGAGGCCAAGGCCACCGCAGCUGAGACGGCUACCGCGGAGCCAGAGACCGUCCUUGGACGCUCCCUGGGCGGCUCGGCCACCUCGCUGUGCCUACUGCCGUCUGAGGAAACCUCUGGGGAGGAGUGUCGGGCAGCGGCGGGCCCUCGGAGGAGCCGUUCUGGGGCCCUGGGGCCGCCAGCUUCGGCGCCUCCCACUCUAGCUCUGGUUCCUGGGGGGGCCCCGGCUCGGCCGAGGCCGCAGCAGCGCUAUUCGUUCGAUGGGGACUACGGGGCACUCUUCCAGAGCCACAGUUACCCGCGCCGCGCCCGGCGGACAAAGCGCCACCGGUCCACGCCACACCUGGACGGGGCCGGAGGGGGCGCGGCCGGGGAGGACGGAGACCUGGGGCUGGGCUCCGCCAGGGCACGCCUGGCCUUUACCAGCACCGAGUGGAUGCUGGAGAGUACCGUGUGAGCGACGGGCGGGCACCGGGACACCUGGGUGCCGCGGACUAACGCCCAGCCGCACGGACGCUGGGGCAGGACUCUGGGAGAAAGCACGGCGCCUAGUCGUCGGACUAGAGGCGGAGACUUGCCCUUCUUGUCCUCGGAGUUGGGGGGGCGGGGCUCCCUCGUCUGCGGCUCUUGGUCAUGCCCCCGGGCCCGAGGGGGUUAGGGGGCGGGCAGCCGGGCCCCCCUCCUCCACGGACUCCUCGCCCCCAUCCUGCCCCUCCCCCCGCGCGCUCGCGGACCUCGCUGGAGCCGGUGCCUUACACAGCGAAGCGCGGGGAGGGGCAGGGCCCCCCGACACUGCAGCACUGAGACACGAGCCCCCUCCCCCCGCCCGGGACCCGGGGCAGGGGCGAGGGGCCCAUUUCUUGUAUCUGGCUGGACUAGAUCCUAUUCUGUCCCGCGGCGGCCUCCAAAGCCCCCGCCCCCACCCCAUUCACUUCCCUGGUCCCGUCGGGUCUGGCUUGGGGUCCCCCUUUCUCUGUCCCCUUCGUCUCUGUCCUGCCCCCUGUCGUCUUUGUCUUACGUGUCUGCCCUUCCCUAUUUGUGUCCCCUUUCUCUGUCCCUUCCCUAUUUGUGUCCCCUUUCUCUGUCCCGUCGUCUCUUCUCCCUCCACCCUCCCAUUUCUUGUCCAGUUGUUUCCCUAUCUCUCCCGAUUACCUCUUCCCCUGCACAUUCUCCCGGGCAGGUCCCACUGGAAGGACCAGACUCUCCCCUAUUCCUUCCUCUUUUCCCAAAUAAAUCCCCACAUGAACAAAGUCCAAAACCAAAUUCCCCUCCCUGCCGGAGCCGGGACCCUCCGCCGCAGCAGAAUUAAACUUUUUUCUGUGUCUGAG